AUGAAGAUGGAGCCGGGCCGGUCGGCCUCCCCAACGGGCGGCCCGGGCCCCGACCCGGAGCCUGGCGGACCCGACUGGCCGUGGGCCGCCCCUACGCCCGCCGACCCCGCCCCGCGCCCUGGGCCGGGCCCGCGGGACCCUGCCGGCUUGAGCGCCGAUGGGGUUUCGGGGGCCUCCUACCUGCUGCCGAGUCAGGCCGCCGGCCCCGACGACCCCGACCCCGACCCCGAUCCCGAUCCCGAUCCCGAUCCCGAUCCCGAUCCCGAUCCCGACCCCGACCCCGACCCCGAUCGGCAGCUGACCGGACUCGGCCCGCUUUUUUUCUGGACUGAAGAGUCAGAGGAUUAUGGCUCCCAAAGUUGUCCGGAGAGCGCGUCUCCCCGCGCGCAGGAUUUCAGCGACAGCCGCCGCGGGAGGGGCGAGGUCGACUUCUUCCCUCCUUCGCCCUCGCCCACGGCGGGCGAGUUGGCGCUGGAGGUGGGUCCCGUGGACACGCACCUGCCCUCGGACGGAAGCCAGAGCCGCUCACCAGCGAGCGAGCCUGCGGGGUGUGCGGAGGACGGCCCCCGCCUCCGAACCGUGUUCGAUGCCCUGGACGGGGAUGGGGACGGCUUCGUCCGCGUGGAGGACUUCGUCCAGUUCGCCACCGUCUACGGGGCUGAGCAGGUGAAGGACUUAACAAAAUACUUGGAUCCCAGUGGGCUCGGCGUGAUCAGUUUUGAAGACUUCUACCAAGGGAUUACGGCGAUCAGAAAUGGAGAUUCUGAUGGCCAGCUGUGCAGCAUCGUACCUGCCCAGGACGAGGAGCCGCAGGCCUGCCCUGAUGAGUUUGAGGACUUUGUUACCUUUGAGGCCAAUGAGGUAACAGACAGCGCAUACAUGGGCUCCGAGAGCACCUACAGCGAGUGUGAGACCUUCACCGAUGAGGACACAAGCAACCUGGUGCAUCCUGAGCUACAGCCUGAAGGGGACAUGGAUAGUGCGGGCGGCUCAGUCGUGCCCUCUGAGUGCCUGGAUGCCAUGGAGGAGCCUGGCCAUGGUGCUCUGCUGCUGCUCCCAGGCAGAUCCCACUUACACAGCCAGUCUGUCGUCACGGUGAUAGGUGAUGAGGAGCAUUUUGAGGACUAUGGUGAGGGCAGUGAGGCAGAACUGUCCCUAGAGACCCUCUGCAAUGGGGAGCACGGCUGCGGAGAUCCUGCUUUUCUCACCCCCAGCGCCGACCCGCUUGCCACAAAGCUGCACAGCAUCCUCACUGAUGAGGCCUUUGAGUUUUACUGUAGCCAGUGCCAUAAACAAAUCAACCGCCUAGAGGAUCUUUCGGCUCGCCUGAAUGAUCUUGAAAAGAAUAGUCCAACGAAGCGGCUCUCUAGCAAGAAGGUGGCAAGGCACCUGCAUCAGUCAGGGGCUCUGACCAUGGAAACCCUGCAGGACCCUCCCCCAGACACCAUGGAGGGCAUGGAAGAAGACAUUGCGGACAAGGUUGUCUACCUGGAGAAGCGCGUGUCAGAGCUGGAGAAGGACACCGCUGCCAACGGGGAGCAACACAGCCGCCUGAGGCAGGAGAAUCUCCAGCUGGUGCACAGAGCCAAUGCCCUUGAGGAGCAAUUGAAGGAGCAGGAGCUGAGAGCUUGUGAGAUGAUUCUGGAAGAGACACGGAAGCAGAAGGAGCUCUUGUGCAAGAUGGAGAGAGAGAAGAGCAUUGAGAUCGAGAACCUGCAGGCCAGGCUACAGCAACUGGACGAAGAGAACGGUGAGCUGAGGUCCUGCACACCCUGUCUGAAGGCCAACAUCGAACGCCUGGAGGAGGAGAAACGGAAGUUGCUGGAUGAGAUUGAAGAGUUGUCACUGCGGCUCAAUGACGAGCAGGAAAACAGGAGGAAGCUGGGGGACAGGCUGAGUCAUGAGAGACACCAAUUCCAGAAAGACAAAGAGGCAACCCAGGAGCUAAUUGAGGACCUGCGGAAGCAGCUGGAGCACCUACAGCUCUUCAAGCUGGAGGCGGAGCAGAGGAGGGGCCGGAGCAACAGUGUAGGCCUACAGGAGUACAACAGCCGCACCCGGGAGAGCGAGCUGGAGCAGGAGGUCCGCAGGCUGAAGCAGGAUAACCGUAACCUGAAGGAGCAGAACGAUGAGCUCAAUGGACAGAUCAUAAACCUGAGCAUCCAGGGCGCCAAGAACCUCUUCUCCACAUCCUUCUCUGAAUCUCUGGCCGCAGAGAUCAGCUCCGUCUCCCGCGAUGAGCUCAUGGAAGCAAUUCAAAAGCAGGAAGAGAUCAACUUUCGCCUGCAGGACUACAUUGACAGGAUCAUCGUGGCCAUCAUGGAGACCAACCCGUCCAUCCUGGAGGUCAAGUAG